AUGAAUGUUUUAAAAGCCAUUAAAAUGAAUUCCAAAAUUUUAGUGGUUGUGCUUCUAGCAUAUUUUUUGGAUAAUUUAUCAGCAGGCACCCUUAAACCAGUUAAAUCUACAUCUUUGAAUGGGAAAAAUACUCCAGCCCAAUCCAAAAACACUUUAGUUUUCAACCAACCUAUUAAAAGUCAUCAUCCUGUUUUUGGGAAUAUCAAAGUCAAACCUACAGUUCCUUAUAAUUUUCCUGCUCCACCAUCACUUCCAGCUCCUCCAGCACCUCCAAAACCUUUAACACCUCCUCCAUCACAUACAUUUCUACCAAGUAUAAAACCACUUCCACCAUCAAGAGCUUCUGCUCCAACUACAGUACCAACAAAUGAAAAUGACAAUCAUCAAGAAUUUGACUCAGUUGAAGGAGAUGAUUAUUAUGAAGAAGUAGAAGAAGAAGAAGAAGAAGAAGAAGAAGAAGAAGAAGAAGAAGAAAAGGAAGAGAAACAUUUAGAAAAUAGUAAACUUGUGAAAAUUCCAACUCAAAGUAAACCAGCAACCUCCACAAAAGUUAAUAAUAGUUCAAACAAAUUCCAGACAAGUCAACCUAAACUAAGUUCUUCAACUUCUACUAAACCCAUAGUACCAGAAAGUGUGAAACAGGAAAAUGGCAAUCAACAAGGAUUCGAAACACUUGAAGGAGAUGAUGAUGAAGAAGAAAUAGAAGAUGAAGAUCAUGAAGAACCUUUGGAAAAUAGUAAAACUGUGACAAGUCAACCUAUGCUAAGUUCUUCAAUUUCUAAGCCCACAGUACCAGAAAGUGUGAAUCAAGAAUAUGACAAUCAACAAGGAUUCGAAACACUUGAAGGAGAUGAUUAUAAAGAAGAAGAAAUAGAAGAUGAAGAUCAUGAAGAACCUUUGGAAAAUAGUAAAACUGUGACAAGUCAACCUAUGCUAAGUUCUUCAAUUUCUAAACCCACAGUACCAGAAAGUGUGAAUCAAGAAUAUGAAAAUCAACAAGGAUUCGAAACACUUGAAGAAGUAUCAGAAGAAAAUAAAGAUGGUCACAAUGUUGAAGAAUAUUCAGAAGAUCCAGAUCAUAAUACUCCAACAGAUAAUAUAACAAUUAACGGAGUUCGAGUAAAUCUACCCGCACCAAUGAAUAAUCCAAUGGUCCCACAAUUGUCGGAAGAUGAAUUGACAGCAAAUAGUUACAAUGAAUCUGAAUAUUCUCUCAAUACCGAUGAAGACCAAUCAUCAUUUCAAAAUGAUGAUAAGUGGGAACCAAAGUCUUCUAACAUUGACAAUAAUCUCACUGAAAUUUCCAAAACUUUAGACAGGGAAAAUUAUAAUACCAAAGAUCAAUUAAUCAACACAAAUAAAUUUGAAUCAAACCCAUACGAUAAUACACAGAUACCUACUGAUAAACAAGAAGAAAAUUCAGAAUACCAAUUUAAAAAUCAAUAUGUGUCAGAAAAUAAAGAACGAAUUAUCAAUGGGUAUAAAGCUAUGAAGAAAAUAUUAUUUAUGUUACAUGACUAUGCAAGCUCAACAUUUAAUUGGAUCAUGAGCAAAAUAAAUUACCGAAUAGAACAGUUCUCAAGUUAG